AUGAUACCAUUGAAGAAAUUGCUUAUCAUCGCCUCGUUCGUCGGCUUCGCCGCUGCAGCUCUCCUGCCAGGUUAUGACUCAAACCGCCCACAAGCCAACUCAGAAAAGAAUGCGCGAAUCAUCGCUCUAGACUCUGAUGUCAAAGAGGAUUCCUACAGAUGGAACUAUGAAACCGAAAACGGCAUUAAGGCUGAAGAGCAGGGUCGUGAGGCUGACGGUAUCGAAGCUCAAGGUGCCUUCCAAUACACCGGGGAUGAUGGCCAGGUCUACUCCGUGAACUACGUUGCCAACCAAGGUGGUUUCCAACCCCAGGGCGCCCACUUCCCUACCCCACCCCCAACUCCUGAAGCCAUCCUUAAGGCUUUGGAACUGAACGCUCGUCAUGAGGCUGCUGGUAUCAUCGAUGACGGUCAAUACAACGCUGCCAAAUACAGUGGAGCCCCAGCUUCUCCCGCCUACCAACAGAACUACGCUCGCGCCCAGGCUUCCGCUGGAUUCAAACGUUUCUAA